AAUCGGUAUACUGACACUUUGUACGCGUAGACCAAGUUUUCAAGUUGUUUGUAGUUGUUAUUCAGUAAGGUUCUGAUACUUCUUCAUUCCGCCUCAGCUUUUGGCUCCUGCACGAAGAUGUCUUGCGUGGUUUGCGCGGCACAAGCUGCGGUUUAUUGUGAAAAUGAUAAGGCGCUACUGUGCAAGGACUGUGAUACGCGCAUUCAUUUAAGCAAUGCGGUGGCUGCGCGGCACACUCGGCGCGUGCCCUGUGAGGGUGGCUGCUCCAAGGGGGCAUCGCUUUUCUGCCGCUGCGACAAUGCUUACAUGUGUGACGCUUGCCACGGCGCAAACCCAUUGUCUGCAACGCACGAGGUUGAGCCGGCGGCGCCGCUACCGGCGCUGGAGCAGGACUUCAGUCCUUUUGACCCGCUCCCAGUUGCUGCUGCACGUCCCUGCGAGUCCGUGGCGCAAUCGGCUGCGUCUCCGACCUGGUUUGUGAAUGAUGAUAAGCCCAUGGUGACCUUUGACGAGACGCUAGUCUUGUCACCUUCGGGCAGCGAGGCUGUGGUGCCUGUCAUGUCUGUUCCCAUUGAUGACUACGCGUUUACUGGGCCUGACACCUUCAAGGAGAUAAAAGACAAGCUGGCAUUCGAGUCCCUUGAGCUCGACAAUGCGUGGCUUGACAUGGGCUUCGACUUCUCGGACAUCCUUUCUGACGCGCCUUCUGACGCUGGCCUUGUGCCUACCCUCGACGCGGACGCCGCUGAUGCCGCCGCGGAUGCGCUGGUGCCAUCCUUCACUGAGGAUUUCCCCACCGCGGAAGCUGCGACCAUCGCUCCCGCAGAGCCCAGCAAGAAGCGACGUACCGCGGAUGCCAGCGAGGAGCAGCCAGCGUCGAAGGUCCCCACCCUGCCGUCCAAGGAGGCCCCGCCCCAGCUGCCGCAGCCCCAGCCCCUGCUGCCAGCCCAGCCCCACCACAUCCUGGCGAACCCACUCCCCCAGACCGCCUCCUCCCUCUUCUUCCCGAUGCCCUCCGCCGCGUCACAGCAACAACUGCUGUCCUCCUCCUCAUCUUUUGUACAACAGCCCGCAGUCGCCGUACCCAUGCCCACUGCCGUACACCAGCAUCAACCGCCAAGCGCAACCGCCACUGCAAGUACCAAGAACAGUGCGACCCUGCCGUACCAGGCAGCGUUGGCUGCCGGUCUCAACCUGACUCGGGAGCAGCGCGUCGCGAGGUACCGCGAGAAGCGCAAGAACCGGAAGUUUGAAAAGACGAUUCGCUACGCAUCGCGCAAGGCGUAUGCGGAGAUCCGGCCGCGCAUCAAGGGUCGGUUUGCGCGGAAGGAGGAGAUUGAGGCUUGGAAGGCGGCGCACGGAGGCGAUGAUGCCGUUGUUCCGGACAUUCUGGAUGGCGAGUUUUAAGCCCACGUGUACAAGGGCUGCGUUUUUUGUACGCAUAUGCCUUUUAUGUACGCACACGCAUAUCCUGAUAAGGAGAGCCGCAGCAUAGCUUGAUGUUUUUGCGUGGAGAGCCAUCAAGCGAGGAGAAGUAACUAAGUGGGUUCCAUGCGAGGAGAGGAGACGUCGUGUCAUUUGAGAAAGCGUGUGAGGUGUGAUGCGGCUUGCAACAGCAACCGCCAAGCAUCCCUUGGUGGAGGCCGCGAAUAGUUUUUGGUAAUGCUGUCGGAGCGUGAAAGAGACGCCAGAUGGUGUUUUAUUUACAGAAUUAAGGGAAGCGGUGGUUAGUUGGUGAUGAGAGUAUUAGGAAAAGAAACAGCUGAUUCUGGUCAACGAGGGGGUCCCCUUGUUGGGAUGGGAAACGCGUCUGAAAUGCGGUUUGGGGUAUGCUACCCAGCCGAAUACCCCAAGUGGGACGGGAUACAUCCGGCUGGCCCUGUUGCAGUUGAGUUGUCGUUAUUGUGUAGCGUGUGUGUUGGCGAAGAGCGUGAGAAUGCUGCGUGCCUUUACUGGCUAAAGCAGGUGAAGGGAUGUAGGUGCUGCGAGUUGAGCGUCAUUAGGGAGCGAUGUGCGUGCCGAUAGUCUAUGCGGCGAGGAGAGGGAAAACGAGGGAAGGGAGCUAUUGCCCUCAGCUUUAGAAGCCUAAAGAGUGUUCAAAUUUGGAGUUUUGUUCAAUACGGGUUUAUUGGUCGCAUAUCUGUUCCUGGAUGUAAGGAGACAACCCUGUUUCGGGUUGGGUUGGGGGUUCUUGCGAUGAAUUGCCGGGGUUACGGUCUAAUCGCUAUGUGCGAGAGGAAAUUAUGAGAUGGGGUAUGACCGAGAGACGACUUGUGAAUACUGGAGGCAGGAGCGAACUAACUAGCGAAGGUCAAGUGCGGUCGCGCUUAGCUGUACUUGCAAAUAGGAGGCCUUGUCUAGGGGGACAAUGUAUUGGAUGGUAUUGUGUGUAGCCUGUAUCAAUUUAAGGCAAUUCUAGUGCCUCGCGAGGAGUGGAGCGGAGGGGCGAAGCACGAUUCUUCGUAAGUGUGUAUGUGCUGAGGGUAUGAUGGAAUUGCUGAUGAGGUUUGAGGCGCAUUUGAGAUUUUCUGGUUGCUGGAGCAAGAAAAACAGAGAGCAUGCGAGGGAUCCGGCUCGGACGACACGAGAGACAAAAAAAGGUGUGAUGGUGGAUGCCUGGGGGGAGUAAGAGGGUGCAGUCAGCUGUGCGGACCCAUGGGUCUGUUCUUCGGCUAGGCUGUCCUGGACACGUCCUUCAUGCUUGGCCUCCGUGCAUGGCCCAUUCCGCGAUGGGUUGGGGCUUCAAGACGAGACCUUGAGGUCAGUAGUAUGUUCCGGGCAAGUUAUUAAUAGUAGUUGCUUUCACCUGAUGGGGAAGCAAGGAGAACUGGUUGGGGACUCUUUUAACGGGGUGUGCAACGGCGUUUGGCUCACAUGCGCUCUUCAUGGGAUUUUGGCAAGGCCUAUUGUUUGUUCAAGUUACCAAUGCCUCUUGUCUGAGGUGUCGCGUUGCUUCUGUGUAUUUGUAUCGGGGUAUCCGGUGUGGCUUGGUGAGUCCUGGGGAGGGAAGGAAUGUUGUCUGGUAAAGGGUCAUAUGCUGCUGUAUACGGGAAUGAUUUCUGUUGUUUGCGUCGGCCGAGCGCUGGCAGGGAAACGUCGCUGAUGAGUCGGGCGAUUGUGAACGUCAAAACUAGGGCUGUACCUCGGAUUUUGAUGCACCGAGUGCCCGAUCCGAGUGUGGCUGGAUUGAGAGUGAAUGUCUGGUCGGUUACGAAUAGGAUUUAACAAAGGAACAACAAUCCCUGAGACUGAAAGAAUGUAAGGUUUAUUUGAGGCUGCGGUUGACUGCAAUGUUAUGGAGCCCUGGGUAACAAUGACGUAUCUUUGCGUAUUUCAGGUUUCUGGAGAGUUGAUGGUUUGUGAUUUUGUCCCUUCUAAAGAGGGAGUGACAGAAAUCUUGUUGGUGCUGCUGCUGUUGCUGCGGCAUGGGUAGUGCUUGUGCUGGAUGUUGGGCGGGGAUGAUGAUUCUGAUGUGAUGUGUCUUUCUCGGAAGAGUGCUCGCACGAUUCAUUUUUACUUCCAUUGUUACCAACCACCCUGCCAUCAUAUAACGAAACACAGCUUUGCAUGAUGGCAGACGAAUGCUGUGCUGACUGUGUAACCAUGACUUGGCAGAAGUGGUGAUGAUGAUGGCACUGAACGGCCGCUGUUGACCACAAAAAUAAUGCAACCCAUAAUGAAGCCUCG